UGUGCGCCACACGUUUUUAACUCUAAGGAGGGGGCAGAUUUACUCAGAAUUUAACGCACUUGGCACAGGACCAAUUACGUAGGUUAAUAUUUAACAGGCAUAGUCCCUUGCUUUCGGCACAUUUCUUCUCGUCAGUCAACUAGGAGAAACGCUGCCGACAAAUUUCUCUUUAUAGGGUUCCAUUUAAUUUUAAGAUGAUGCCGAAGUCUAACGGCGGACGAGCUAAAAAUCCACCUCCUAGCAGCGCAAAACCCCGAACUCUUCCGAGAGUGAAAAGCCCGAUUGCAUCCACCCCACUAACAAAAGACCCUGCUCCGUCCACACACAAACCGACUGCAAGUCUCGAAACUAAAACCCGUCCGCACCCAAAAGAGCCGACUGCUAAACAGACUGGAACUUCUCCAAAGUCUACCCGUCACCCAGCUCCGAAAACCAGACCGGACAAGAGAUCAGAGGGUCCUGAAAAGAGGGCCUGCCGAGCAUUAGCAACCGACAGCCCGAGUGGUCCCGUGAAGAAGGGUGGUGCCGGAUUUAAGAAAGUCACUUCUGGAAACAAAGAUCUGUUGGGAGUCUUGGAAAGCUUGAAGAUCAGCAAGCAAUCGAGGUCUAAGGCGACAGAUAAAGUUAAUGAUGUGAUUGACUCCAUUGUUAAACACGUUAAAACAUCCAGCGAAUACUUCCAAGACAUCGCAAAACUUCCUACUGGUAGUUACUAUGAGAAUGUCAAGAUUUCUGAACCAGAUGAAUUUGACAUUAUGCUGACUAUACCUGUCCAUAGAGUGCAAUUGGAACAAUUUGAUUCAGGGGGCGCUUUCUACAGUGUGUCGUUUAAAAGAAAUCCCAGAAGUCCUCUGGAGCACUUCUUAUUGAAGGAUGGGACGCUGUCUGCACACAACAUGCUCUUCGAAUUCAGGAAGCAUGUAAAAGAAGCGACAAAAUCACAGAAAGAUGUACAGGUUGAGAGGAAGAGAAAGGGGUGCCCUGCUGUUACCUUACAGGUCAAGGAAAUCUCAGUGGAUAUCGUCCUGGGGCUGGAAGUCCAUUCAAUGAGCUGGCCACCAAUGACGAAAGAUGGCUUCAACAUUGUUGACUGGCUGGGGACCAAAGUGAAAAAGGACUUUAAGUUAAAACCUUUCUACCUUGUGCCAAAAUAUGUUGGCAAAGGAUGGGAUGAAAAGGAAGGAAUCUACGCAAGGGAUGUAUGGCGUAUUUCAUUCUCCCACAUUGAGAAGGCAAUUCUGAGGAAUCAUGGCAGUACAAAGACCUGCUGUGAGUCCGGGGGUUCAAAGUGUUGCAGGAAACAAUGUCUCAAACUUCUGAAGCACUUACUAAACGAGCUGAAAAAGAAGCACCCCAAGGAACUGUCCAAGUUCUUCUCCUAUCAAGCAAAGACAGUUUUGCUGCACGGCUGUGUCAAGAGACCGAAGGACAGCCAGUGGGAGUUGGCUCAUCUUGAUGACUGUUUUCAGCAGCUUUUGGAUGAUUUCAUUAAGCAUCUAAAAACAGGGAGCCUUCCUCAUUUUUUUGUACCCACUUACAAUCUUUUAGAGUCCUGCUCUGAUUCAAAAAAGCAAGAGUUCCUAAUAAACUGUAUUGAUUCUGAAAGGAACAACAUGUUUCCAAUCUUUAAGUAAGUAUGACCAGACUAUAUUAAGUCUGGUUCUGACUUCAAAGAAAAAUAAUAAAAAAAAAAAACAAUUAAAAAUUGCUACAUUUAAACAAAGUUUGUUGGAAAGUAUUACUGUUAAAGUGAGUAGUUUAUUGAUUCAUUAUUUUAUAUUUACAAACUAUAGAAAACAUUUUCAGUUAUAUAUCAGUGUAAGAAAUGUGUCUUCAUUUGCAUGUAACUUUUUGAGAAAAAGUUUUUUAUUGUGAAAUAAACAUUGAAGUAUAGACGCAUUGUCAGUUGUUAAUAUACCGAGGACCUUUAGAUUUUUUUUCAGCACAGUACUGGCAUCUAAAUCACACCCUAUGCUGUAGACCAUUAUAGAUAAACUGAGCAGAUUUAAGAUUUAACCUUGUUUUCAUUAACAUAUUCUAAUAAAAGUUAUGUCCAGUGAUUAAA